AUGGCGCGCGGAGCAGCAAACGGCUCCUUCAUGGAGUACCACCCUGCCUCACGGACGAUUACAGGAUUGAAACGGUGGUCUUCCAUUAACAAGGAUCUUCCAGGUCCCUCACAGGUAAGAGCGAUUCACGUGUACGACUUCGACAACACAUUAUUCUCGAGUCCGCUUCCGAACCCACAGCUAUGGAACGGUCCCAGCAUUGGAUUUCUGCAGGCCUACGAAAGCUUCGCAAACGGAGGAUGGUGGCACGACCCUACGCUCCUCUCUGCAACUGGUGAUGGCAUAGAGAAAGAAGAACCCCGCGCUUGGAAGGGGUGGUGGAACGAACGGAUUGCGCAAUUGGUCGAGUUGAGCAUGAAACAAAAGGAUGCCCUCACAGUGCUCUUAACUGGCCGGAGCGAAGCUGGGUUCUCUGAGCUCAUCAAACGCAUGGUCGACAGUAAAAAGCUCGAGUUUGAUCUCGUGUGCCUGAAGCCCGAAGUCGGGCCCAAUGGCGAGCGGUUCUCGUCGACUAUGGAUUUCAAACAGACAUUCCUUGAGGAUAUUGUUCUUACUUAUGAGCAGGCUGAUGAGAUUCGGGUCUACGAGGAUCGCCCUAAGCAUGUCAAGGGCUUCCGUGACUUCUUUGAGAAACUGAACCGGAGCUACAAAAUGAAUGGUUCCGACAUCCGAAAACCACUCACAGCUGAAGUGAUUCAGGUAGCCGAAGAGACCAUGUAUCUCCCCCCUGUAAUUGAAGCAGCUGAAGUGCAACGUAUGAUCAAUUCGCAUAACGUUGCUACUCGUGACCCGGCUUUAAAUGUGAGCAAAUCGCCGUAUGGUCGGCUAUGCAUCAGACGCACCACAUAUUUCACUGGGUAUCUUAUCCCGAAUUCGGACUCGGAUCAACUAAUCCGGCGGAUACUAAAUCCCCUGGUGCCUUCGGGGCUUGCUGAAUCAAAUGACUUGAAGUAUAUGGCUAACAGUAUCCUAAUCGCUCCGCGACCCGCAACUCGUUCAAUACUGGACAAAGUUGGUGGACUUGGCAAGAAGCUCAGCUGGAUCGUCACUGGGACUGGUGUCUUUGAGAACAAAGUUUGGGCCGCUCGCCUUCAGCCUGUGCCAGACACAGAGAGAUAUCACACAGAGAACAGAGUUCCAUUCGUGGUCCUAGCAGUGCGCAAAGGCGCUCGCCCAAUUGAUGCCCAGAAGAUCCAUAACUGGCACCCUAUCCCCUCUGACAAUGCUCUUAAAAUAGAGAGUGUGGUCGGAGAAAAGGUCGUCCUCCGCAUCGAAGAAGAGAAUGCAAGUGACUACGAUAACCGCUUCAUGAACAAGACUAGCAAGAGACGCCAUCAGCAAGAACGGGACGAAGAUAUCCUGUACCCACCCCAAAGUGCCCCCGAAGGCUCGCAGGGUCGACAACCCCACGGAUGGCCGCGACAUGGUAAUAACAACCGCAACCAGCACGAUGAUGGACCUCGUCGUGGAGGUUUCCGCGGUCGUGGCCGUGGUGCCGGCCCGCGAGGUAGAGGGUACUCGCACGCGAACCGCGGAGGCGGACGCGGCAGAGGUCGCGGACAUAAUGCAGGCCCUGCAGGCUACAGGUCUCUCGAUGACCAUAGCGGGUAUGAAGGAGGAGGUGGUGGAGGUGGUAGUGGCGGCGGCGGUUAUGAGGACAAAUCGGCCAUGAACUAUUAG